UGUCCCACUGGGCAGACUUCCCUUCACUUCCCGUCCCAAAGAAGCAACAGGAAGUGAGAAAAAAUCUUUCACAAAUGAACUGAAAUCCUCUCUUGUCGCUGGAAUGGUCCACCAUUCAUGCUGUCCCAUGGAGCUAACACUCUAAUGUAGAGAAGGUUCAGAGUUCAGUCUCCAGCAGGGGUGGACUCACAACUCAUGGGGCCCCCCCGGGCAAUAGGGGAUCAUGGGGCCCCUGUGUCCUUGCCCAAACUCAAAAAAGCCUAUGAAAAAGGUACCAGGGGCAUCUUAUGGGGCCCCCUACUGACCCCAGGCCCUCGGGCAGUGCCCGAGUUCCCAAAUGGUCAGUCCGCCCCUGGU